AUGUGGCGUAAUGCUGUUUCUAACAGGGAGCAAAGGACGAACAGCCAGUCAACAGCACAGUGUUCCCCUUCUGCCAGCGACGACAUACGCCCGCCAUUGGCCCUGAGUGAUCCGGACGCCCCCCCGCCAUCCGAGCUGAGCCUCGACGACUUCCGUCUCCCUUCACCGCUGAUCAGCGACGCAGGAUCCCUAAGGCUCGCCGUGUCCGCGGUGAAUAUUACAAGCGCGGACCACAACGAUAUCGUAGAUGACGCACACAGCCGGCGAGAUGACGGCUACUUCUCGAGAAAAACAUGCUCGCGCGCUAGCUUCUCAAGCAGAAUGGCUGAAAAUGGGUCUACUGUCUGCUGGGCAUCUGAACAAGCGGUCCAAUGGGUCGUCGAGCGGGAGCGGGUUCUGAACAGCAGGGUGCAAGAGGCUGUGAAUGCCGCAGAAGAAACUCUGGCUGAACUCUUACAACUUGAGUCGCAUUUGAGCAACGCAGGCUGUCAAGAAGUCCAAGACGAGGUGGUCAACUCCAUGGCACAGCGAGCAAAACCUUCUCUCGCCGCCCCUGGGCACGGUAAGGUUUCGUUCACUAUCGAGAAGCAUCCUGAGGAUAGAGACCCAAUGCGACCAGGAACCCCUGGGUCGAAUCCAAUCCGUGUCGACGGUUAUUUCGCGGAUGACGAGGAUGAGAGUCCCGCAGCUCUGACAAGAAGAAAGACUCGGUGCUCCGGAAGACCGUCAUGUCCCGCUCCUGCUCCAGAAAUGACGGAGCCGCUCCAGAGCCCGGGUUAUGUUCUGCGGGCUCUCAAAUCUUCAGAAAUAUGGGAUGAGGAUGCGCCUGCUGAGCCCGUCCUCCAUGCACCUACGCCGCUGCGUCCGGUGAGAGAGCUCGAUUUACUCCUCGCAGGACAUGACAGUACGACAGAGAUCGGAAAGGAGCUGGAGAGAGUUAACAAAGAGGAGAAAUGGUACCCGGUUUUUGAAAAGUGA